AUGGCGUACUUUGAGAUUUGGGAUUCUCAAAGAGUAGAGGAUAUCCUAUUCAUCUGCGCUGUACUCUUGUUGGCCCUUGCCGUUGGUGCCCACUCUUCAUUGUUGUUGGCCGGUACUCAUGACGCUACAGCCUGGGGUGCACCUUGGGCCGGCGGCUGGGCUGGUCAUGGUGCUUGGGGUGGACCUUGGGCCGGUCAUGGUGCCUGGGCUGGUAAUGGUGCUUGGGGUGGACCAUGGGCUGGUCCCGCUGCUGUCGAUGUUAGCGGUGCUUGGGGUCAUGGUUAUGGUGCAUGGGGCGGCUAUCCCGGCAUCUCCCUAAGCCAAGGACCUGGUUUGGCUCACGGUGCUCAUGGACCCGGUGUAUACGUUGCUAAGACUCGUGGUGCUGUUCACACCGCUCCUUUGGCUGGUCAUCUUAACUCUGCCACUUCUGUGAAUGUGGCUCCUGCUCCUGGUACACAUUAA